GUAUGUAUGAAUCUUGUGAGUGAGUGAGUGAUGACCCUUCUCUUUGUUCUUGUGAUUCUCACCUUAGUUAACGUAAAAAUCCCAGCUAGCUAGCUAACCAGCUUUCUCUAAUGGGGUCCCCUUCCCAUUGAAAACGACACACGCUAUCUAUCUCUCAUCAUUAUUCAAUUCGGUGAGUGAAGCCAGGUGUCCAUGUGAAUCGCAUUCUCUUUCUUCUUCUGUGGAGCAAACACUUUUCAAUUCACAAACCUCCAAACAGGUCAUAUACUAUAUAUAAAAAGGGAUCACUAUGAUAAUGAUGGGGUUUGUGUUUGGGUUUGCUUUCAUUUCUCUGUUUCUUCAUCUUCUCCAUUAGCUUCUGAUUCUCCAUUCACAUUUCUUGGUGGGUCAGUUCCAGCUAGAUCCGAGGUUCAGUGAGCUCCUCUGACCAUCAUCAUGGAGCUUGGCAACCACAAUCAUGCAGCUGCUACACUUGUUACAUUUUGCUUACUGUUCUCCUUCACUUUCAGCCAUGCUUCUUCUUUCUACCCAGAAUUGAAUCCUAUAAAACCGAGGCACUCACGUCUUCUCAGGAGUGCUGUGCAGCGUGAAACUCCAACAUCUCAACUUUCUGAAAUAUGGUCACCUUUGGAAAACCAAGGAUGGAAACCGGUUGAGUCUAGAAAUAAGCCAACAUUACCAGAGAAGUCCGAGGGAUACAUCCAGGUAUUUCUUGAUGGAGGUUUGAACCAGCAAAGGAUGGGGAUAUGUGAUGCAGUUGCUGUAGCAAAGAUACUGAAUGCAACUCUUGUGAUCCCAUACCUUGAAUUAAAUCCUGUAUGGCGAGAUUCAAGCUCCUUCAUGGAUAUAUUUGAUGUGGAUCAUUUCAUUGAUGUAUUGAAGGAUGAUAUUUCUAUAGUUAAAGAGCUUCCUGAAGAGUACUCGUGGAGCACAAGGGAGUACUAUGCCAUUGCUGUUCGCGAUACCAGAAUCAAGAAUUCACCUGUGCAUGCAUCGGCCAACUGGUAUCUGGAAAAUGUUUUGCCUGUCUUGCAGAGUUUUGGUAUUGCUGCAAUCUCUCCAUUUUCUCACCGCUUGAGUUUUGACAACUUGCCUAUGGAUAUCCAACACCUGCGCUGUAAAGUCAACUUUCAAGCUUUAGAAUUUGUUCCUCAUAUUAGAACACUUGGAGAUGCCCUCAUCAACCGCCUUCGCUCUCCUCAAGGCUCUGCUGGAGAAAUCGGUUCCAACUAUCUUCAAGAAGUCACUGAUGGAGGUGAUAGUAAAAAUGCAGGGAAAUUCGUUGUUCUGCACCUCCGAUUUGAUAAGGAUAUGGCAGCUCAUUCAGCCUGUGAUUUUGGUGGGGGAAAAGCUGAGAAAUUUGCCCUUGCAAAGUAUAGACAGGUGAUUUGGCAGGGAAGGCUUCUCAAUUCUCAAUUCACUGAUGAAGAGUUGAGGAGUCAGGGUCGUUGCCCAAUGACUCCAGAAGAGGUUGGAUUGUUGCUAGCAGCUUUGGGAUUUGACAACAGCACGCGUUUAUAUCUUGCUUCUCAUAAGGUCUAUGGUGGAGAAGCAAGGAUUUCAACUUUGAAGCAAUUGUUUCCUCUGAUGGAAGACAAAAAGAGCCUAGCUUCAUCUUAUGAGCGUUUUCAAAUAAAGGGCAAAGCUUCUCUAUUAGCUGCACUUGACUACUAUGUUGGCCUGCAUAGUGACAUCUUCAUCUCUGCUUCUCCAGGAAAUAUGCACAAUGCAGUGGUUGGACACCGCACUUACUUGAACUUAAAGACUAUAAGGCCAAACCUGGUAUUAAUGGGUCAACUCUUCCUGAAUAAAACCAUGGAGUGGUCAGAGUUUGAGCAUGCUGUGGUCGAGGGUCACCAAAAUAGACAAGGUCAACUGAGGCUGAGAAAGCCCAAACAGUCCAUAUACACAUAUCCUGCUCCUGAUUGCAUGUGCCAAGCUUAAUAUAGAUGAUAGUCAAUAUAUUAUUUAGGCUCUGUAUUUUACUAUAGUUCAGUGUCUUACUAUUAUUUGACAUUUAUAGGCGGUGAAUAAAAGCAUUUCCACUCUCCUUUUUCAUGUUUAUGAUGUUCUUGGUAAGAGUGCUUGAGAGUAGUUGUAUUGUGUGAGAGAUGUAUUUAUGAUAUGAUGGCACUCUUAGCAGGAGCAAUAUUUAUCUAUGAUUCAAUAACAGGAGCCCCAUUGUUGUUUAUCAUUCAA